AUAAAAAAAAAAAGGCUUACAUAUAUUGACGGCCUUAACCUUUUUACUAUAGGUUGACAUUGUAGACAAUUCUCAAGCAAUAGAAAAACACAAUUAAGGGUCGAAAACGAAAUAUAUACUACUCGAUUGACUUUUUGGCCAAUAGAAAUUUCCAGGAAAGAAAGACCAGUCAAAACACUCAAUAGUAAUAGUAGUCGAUCCCUUAAUUUGUAUAUAUUGAUGAUGAUGAUCACCAAGCCACAUAUAAAAAUCUAGUUUGUUUCUCACACUAAAAAAAAAAAAACAAAUGGAGUUAUUACAGAGCUUUUUGGCACUUUGUUGUACUGUUGUAGUGUUAAUAUAUGGCUGGAAAAUCAUGAAUUUGGUAUGGUUUCGGCCGAGGAAGAUGGAGAAAAUCCUGAGACAACAGGGUUUCGGUGGAAAAUCGUACAGAUUCUUGAUUGGGGAUUUGAAUGAAAUGAAGAACAUGGGCGAGGAGGCUUUGUCCAAACCAAUCGAUUUCUCCGAUGAUUUUGUACCAAGGACCAUUUCCUUUAUUCAUAAAACUGUCACCAAUCAUGGUGAGAAUAGUUUCGUAUGGCUUGGCCCUUAUGCUGCAGUAAUUAUCUCUGAUCCUGAGAAUGUGAGAGAGGUUUUGUCGAAAUCUUAUGUUUUUCAAAAGCCGUAUAAUCCAUUAGGAAAACUUGUGGCACAAGGAUUGGCGAGUUACGAGACUGAUAAAUGGGCUAAGCAUAGAAGGCUUAUCAAUCCUGCUUUUCACCUAGACAAAGUUAAGCAUAUGCUUCCAUCAUUCCAUAAGAGUUGUGCCGAAAUGCUGAGCAAGUGGGAAAAGAUUGUGCCGAGUGAAGGAUGUUUCGAGUUGGACGUGUGGCCGUAUCUUCAGACAAUGACAAGCGAUGCAAUUUCGCUAACAGCAUUCGGCAGCAGCUACGAACAAGGGAUAAAGAUAUUCGAACUUCAAAAAGAACAAGCCGCACUUCUCAUAAAGGCAAUUCUCUCCGCUUUCAUCCCUGGAUGGAGAUUUUUGCCUACAAAAACAAAUAGAAGAAUGAAACACAUAAUUACGGAAGUGGAGUCACUAUUGCUUGCGAUAAUCGAUAAAAGAACAAAGGCAAUUGAAGCAGGGGAAGCUACUUCAAAUGAUUUACUGGAUAUAUUAUUAGAAUCGAACUCCAAAGAAAUAAAACAAAACGGGCAUAAGUUUGGAAUGAGCUUGCAAGACGUUAUUGAAGAGUGCAAGCUGUUUUAUCUUGCUGGCCAGGAGACAACCUCGUCGUUGCUUGUCUGGACUAUGAUUCUAUUGAGUAAGCAUUUGGAUUGGCAGGCUCGUGCAAGAGAGGAGGUUCUUCAUGUUUUUCGAAGUGGGACUCCCGAUUUUCAAGACUUAAGUCGCCUCAAAAUUGUAAGCAUGAUUUUUCAGGAGGUUUUAAGAUUAUAUCCACCAGGAUUGUUGAUUAGUCGAGCGGUUCACAAGGAAACUGCACUAGGAAACAUAGUGUUACCUGCGGGAGUGCAACUACUACUUCCGGUUAUACUAUUACACCAUGACUGCAAAAUAUGGGGGGAAGAUGCAAAGGAUUUCAAUCCGGAGAGAUUUAGUGAAGGGGUUUCGGAGGCGACAGGUGGCAGCCUCUCGUACUUCCCGUUUGGGUGGGGACCACGGAUAUGCAUUGGGCAGAACUUUGCUAUGUUGGAAGCUAAAAUGGCAUUGGCUAUGAUUUUGCAGCACUAUUCUUUCGAGCUUUCACCAUCUUAUUCGCAUGCUCCUCAUACUGUGCUAACUCUUCAACCUCAACACGGCGCUCACUUGAUUCUUCGCAAAUUACCUGUGUAGGGUAAGGUUGGUUUAUCUGUUUAAGGAAGUAAAUCAGUUUUUAGUGGGAAGGAAGUUUGUUUUUCGUUGCAUUUAUUGUCUUUUUUUUUUUUUUUUUGAGAAAUUUUAUUGUCUUCA